AUGCAAGAUGCCCAUUCCUGCUCCAUUCCCAUGACUGCUGGUACAAAGCUUUCAUCCACAGAUAAUGAGUUGUUUAAAGACCCCAGUUUGUAUGGAAGUACUAUUGGAGCUCUUCAGUACUUAACCUUAAUAAGGCCUGACAUUAGCUUUACGGUCAACAAACAAAGUCAGUACCUUCAAGCCCUACUGAGCUACAAUGGCAAGCUUGCAAGAGAGUUUUACGAUAUCUUAAAGGAACUCAAUCUCAUGGGCUUCAGUUCAGACCAGCAGCUUCACUUCAUCUUGAAUGCUAUGCAGAUGCUGACUGGGAUCUGGAGCUCCCGAAAGCAACGAGUGGUUGCCUUGUCAUCUACUAAAGCUGAAUACAGAGCACUGGCACAUACAUCAACUGAAUUGGCAUGGCUGGAAAGUAUGACCUCGAGAGACAGUUGCUCAAACACCCUUACAUUGGAUGACGUUGAUGAUUAUGUUACAUUAAGAAUAGUCGAUCUAUGUAACAUUUAUGCAAGCACAGGUGAUAAAGAACAAAGUGUGAGACACAUUAUUGAGGACAUUCGUGAUAGCGUGGUGUAUAUCAAUUCAUCGGAGAGUAGACUAAAGGUGUUUGCAGAGAUUGAGAGGGAUUUGAGUUAUCAUUAUUGUCCCAAGGAGGAGGAUUGUAACAAAGUUGAGAAAAUUUGUUCAAUUUUGAAGGUGUUUAGUGGUGCAUCGAAUCUCAUAUUGGGGAGUGAUUAUCCGACAUCAAACUUGUUUCUAAAACAAGUUUAUAGAAUCAAAAUUAUGUUAGAUAGUAAGAGUCAGGAUGAAGAUGAGUUUAUACAGUCCAUGAUUUGGAAAAUGAAAGAAAAGUUUGAUAAAUAUUGGGGAGAAUGUAAUCUAUUGAUGGGUGUGGCUGCUAUUUUGGACUCUAGACUGAAGAUGAGGGUGAUUCAAUGGUCGUUCCCUAAGAUGUAUCCUAAGCAUGAAGUGCGGGCAAAUAUUGAUGUUGUUCAAGAUGCCUUGUAUGAGGUAUAUAGGGAGUAUGUUGAUGCCACUAAAGCAUUGACUGCUACCCGCGCUUCUACAUCUACAGGGGAUGGAGUUGACGUUGUUAGUGAGGGGUCGGGGGCAGCGGUAGAGAGGGCGGAGGAUUGGGAUGAUUUUAGUGAGUUUCUGGAUGUGGUUGAGACAGUUGAGCCAACUAAAUCAGAGUUAGACUGUUACUAA